UGCAAAACGUUUUGCAACGGAAAUCGUUUACCGUUUACUUUAGGAACCGAACAGAAGCAAAAAUAGCAAAAGAAACCAAACGGGGAGGGACCUACAUUUUUUUGUCGUUGCAAAAAGUUUUACGUUGGUGAAGUAACAGACGAAACGUUUUUUAACGUAAUCCAAAUAAUAGUAAUGCAUACACCCCAGGUUUCGGUUUCAAAAUUGUGACCAUAUCCGUGACUGUCCAGGCAUGCGCAGUGAAGUUUGAAUUGAAGCAAUGACAUCGAUUGUUAUUGUGUCUCUGGGCAACUGAUAUUGAAGUUAGAUACCGGUACAUUUGUUGACAUUGUGUAAUCGAAGAUUGGACAUCUCGCGCGGACUAAAUCACUUCUGAACGAACGCUACAUUGUAUCAAAUGCGAUGGGUGCUGCAUCGAGCACCGAGGGCGAAAGGGAACCUCUACUUGUUCAUCCUAACCGCGAGACGAGCAUUCAGCCAGUUUACAGCCAAGUCUACGGGAGAAGAUGGCUGGUUCUGACUCUGUUUUCCUUGUUGGCGUUCAUGCAAGGGAUAGUAUGGAACACUUGGGGCCCAAUUCAGAACUCUGCCAUGCACGCGUACGAUUUCGCCAAAUCUGAUAUCGCCGUUCUGGUUCUAUGGGGGCCAGUGGGGUUCGCCCCUUGGCUGCUAUUUAUGUGGCUAAUGGACAAAAAGGGUCUGCGCGCAUCUCUUCUACUGUCAGCCUUCUUCAUGGUGAUUGGGGCAGCGCUGCGAAGUGUCCCUGUACCAGAACAACAACUAAGGCGAUGGUUAAUACACGGGGGUCAGCUGCUGAAUGGUUUGGCUGGUCCAACCAUAAUGAGUGCCGGCCCCCUCCUCUCCACCACAUGGUUCGCUCCGGACCAACGAGCCACAGCCACCGCUGUCGCCUCAUUGAUGAGCUACCUGGGGGCGGCGUGCUCCUUCAUUGUCGGCCCGCUGCUUGUGCCCGCCCCCAACGACACCACCCAUGCUAUGGUGAACCGAGCGGUCGACUCAACAGACACCCAGAUAAACCACAUACGAGACAGAAUCCAACUGGUUUUGUAUGCAGAGUUUGGUGUGGUGGCGGUGCUGUUUGCUGCGGUGGUGCUCUACUUCCCCUCCCGACCCCCCAUGCCUCCCAGUGUGGCUGCUGCCAGCCAGAGACUCAGCUACAGGAACAGCAUCUGCAAACUACUCAGUAACUUCCGGUUCCUGAUGAUAGCAUUGGCCUAUGCGGUGCCUACAGGGGUGGUGGCAGGCUGGUCAGGAGUUCUGGACAUGAUCCUCACCCCUGCUAGAGUCAGCCAGGUGGAUGCUGGCUGGAUCGGGUUCUGGUCCAUCAUGGGCGGCUGUGUGUUUGGAGUGGCCAUGGCCAGGUUUGCAGACUCUAUCCGGGGCAUGCUGAAGCUCAUCCUGGUCCUGAUGAUGGCUGGGGCUUCCCUGGCCUCCACUUGGUUCACACUCACCUGCCUGACUAGGCUCACACACCUACCCUCCACUGCAGCCACCCUGUACACCUCCUGUAUCCUGGUGGGCAUCUUCAUCAACAGUAGUGUGCCCAUCUUCUUUGAGCUCUUCAUCGAGACCGUGUACCCCGUGCCCGAGGGCAUCACCUGUGGCGUGGUCACCUUCCUCGGUAACCUGGUCACCGGCUGCCUCCUCUUCUUCCUCACCUUCUACAGCACAGAGUUGUCGUGGCUGAACUGGUGUCUGACGGGCUCCUGUGCCUUCAGCCUUGUGCUCAUCCUCUUCUUCAGGGAAUCCUACGACCGCCUCUACCUAGACGUCUUUGUCUCAGUCUGACAGACAACACACAAAAAGACUGGAACAAGGAGGAGAACAAAGACUGGAACAUUUGAAAAAAACACACUGCACAAAGAAGAAGAGGAAGAAAAAAGAGAUAUAGGAAGCCCAACAUUGCGCUCUUUUACGUUUUAUUCAGUAUAACUGUAGUUGUAAACAUGUAAUAUGACGGUGGUCGGUGAUUCAUUGUGAUUUCCUUGUAGCCAAUGAGAAGCGCCAGACAAGGGCCUCAGACAGAGUCAUUAAUGUUAACUCUUUAUAAGUGUCGGUUUGGCCUGUUGGUCCUCUGAUGCAGCAUCGGCUUGUCUUUUUUUAUAAUGUAAACUACAGUUGAACCUGGUCAUGGCAUGAUGAGGGACUGUUGUUGUCUAAAGAUGCACUCUGUGGCAGGUGGUUUCCCUGUGGCCUGGCUAUCCUCUGAUCUUCAUGAGGAAAGAGAAGCCUGAUUGGCUGAGUAGCUCUAGCAGCCGAUCAGCAGGCCCCACCGUGCCAGUCUGUGCUAACAAGGGACCGCAUAGCAUUUUAGUCUGCUGGUUAUGAAUUGCAGGGGGGUAAAACUGUCAAACUAAGCUGUUCUGUAAAUGACCUGUGAUAUUACGCGUCUUUUAAUAGUGACAUGUGGUCACCUUUUUUUACUUUAUCUCCCUCUCUCAAGACUUAUUAUGCAAGACAUUUUUUCUCCCUAAGGGAUUUAAUUGAUUGGAAGCCGCGCUGGUGCCUGCCAGUGUCGUGAGCUAUGAUUGGACACCACCCUGGUGCACGCCAGAGUGUGUCUCUCUCGGCAUGCAAAGUCAGCGCUUUUAACUCUCGUCUCUGUGUGUGUCGAGGCUCUACUGCGUGAGUCUCAUGGUGUUACCACACAAUCCGUUUUAAUGAGCAGUUCAGAAUAAGGAAGUAGGAAGUAAGUUUUAACAUUAAAUAUUUCUACAUUAUUAUAACAGAUAUUUAUUUAUUGAGGGAUAAGAACACUAACACAGUUGAUACAGAGACAAAUACAAAGACUCUGUAAUGAAAUAUGUGAAUACCGCUGUUGCACAGCUGAGACUGUGGUUGAUUCUGUAUGGAAACCACAAACUAUUAAGUCACUUGACCAGGAUGCUGCUCUACAUUUAAUGCACAACGUUCACCAGCAGGAGUCACUGUGCUGAGGACACAGACAACAAGAGGCAGGUAGUGGUUCGGUAAGCAGCGCCUUCCCUUGCCUGGACGGUCAGGGAUGGACUUGGAGGGGAUGCUUACCUUCCCACAGAGAAAAAACACAGAUAUUGAACUGAUGUCCAACUGACGUCCAACAGGAAAAAGAGGGGAACGGGAAGGAACCACCUCUGCUCAGAUUGGGGAGUGACCGGUCCUGUAAGGCACUUCUCUACAAGGGACUGUAACUGGGAACUGACUUUUCAACAUGAGUGGCAUACCCCCUGCCCCUGUACAAGUGGGGCUAAUCCCCAAAACCACUCACCAACUCCCAUAACUCGGCUGUGCCACAGCCAACCACAGAAAAAAUAUGUUUUCCCUGGGGGAUACUAUAUACAGUAUGUAUGUACUGAAUGGCGCUUGGCUUUUCCUUUGUCCUUGUAAAACAUGUUUUACUCUCCCUGUACAGAAAGGGUUUUUCUCUUUACCUAGUGGGGUCGUUCCACCAAUUCGGUGCCUUUUGAGAACUGUAACUUGGUGUAAAACAAUAACAUGAAUUUCACCUGAUUUGAACAUUCUGUCAGAGCACAUGUUCAGCUUCAUAAAAACAAAUUUUCCCAUCUCAAGAGGGUAAAUAAAAAAAAUACUAUAGUAAGUGCCAAAUAAAGUAACAGGGUUGACCGUAACUGGGUUGACCGUAGCAGGGUUGACGAGUUCAUCUUAAAUCAGCCAGGGGGAAUGGAAGCUUGUUGUGUGCAAAACAGGGAGUGGCAAUUGAAUGCAUACUUUUUUUUUAAACAUUGUUAACACAUUUCUAGCCUGUCUAUCUAUGGGUAACAGGGUUGACAUGUUAUGCUUGACCUGCUCAGAGUCGAACCAUCUCACCUGCUUUUACACUAUGAUUUGGCUAUUAGAUAAAAUAACUAGGGCUUUACAAUGAUGGUGAGAACCUUUUGGGGUUAAGUGGGUUAAAAUCUUCCUAGAAGUCACAGAGGGUGCACGGAGGGACUUGUCAAAAUGCUGAAUUUUGGCACUUAAUCCAGUCUUUAUUUAUUUAUUUAUUCAUUCAGAUUGAUUCAAUGCUCCAUGUUGUCUAUGUUAAAGGGCACUUCAUUUAAUAUAAUUCGAUAUUGGUGCACAAUUUCUACUUAAAAUAUCAACGGGACGCCAAAGGCACUCUUUUCGUGGAACGACCCAGUGAUGGAACACUUUAUCUUUAUGCUCUUUACCUUCAAUACCUUGUGACAUGUUGCCUUAAUUACCUGUGAUCUGUGCAUUCUGUCCUCUCCACCCAGUCUGUGACAAUGAGGUAGUCUGUAUAUGUAUGUGGACAGUAGUGAAACUCGUUCUAUUACACUGCUUAUCAUGUGUUCCCGGGUUGGGGGUAUAGAUGUUCUUGUCCUGUGAAAACAAAAACAAAUGUAUGUGAGAUUUUAAGCACCUUAUUAAAAAUACAUUUUGAAAUAC